UCCAGCAGCCAGCGAAGGGUGGGAGCCGUCUCUCUGACAAGGGGAGGCGAGUUAGAAACACAUAAAAGAAAGAUGUCACUUUGGAAUAGUGCAGGAGGAACAGUUGUGAACAGCUGGUGGUCAGCGACUUUCUCAAUGGAAUUGGGCGAGUGCGGCAGCCAAUUUGCGCACAGACAACCGCAAAGUUAUCAAAUGUAAGAGGAUGUCGGCUGGAGAUUCCCCGAUCCCCAAACAUGGUGACUCUCUUCAGAAUUAUUACAGUCCUGCUCUGUGUCAGACUGGGCAGCCCGGCUGUGAGGGCCAUCCCGGACACAGUCACCAAUCUCUCCGUCGGUCAAGACGUCCAGUUCCCUGUAAUUCACGACAACAACAUGAAAUACGAAGUGACAGCUCGCCGGGAAAGCCCACACUCAAUUAAAAUCCUCGGCUGGAAUUCUGAUCAGCCCUUCUCUAAAGGAAAUGCACAGAUUGUCCAUCCUCUCUAUAGAGACCGGGUUCAGCUCACAGUCUAUGGUUAUUUGUUACUUAAAGAUGUGCACAUGGCAGACAGUGGAGAAUAUCGCAUCCAAACAAACUACCUGGGAAAGGUGCUGCGCCAGAGAGAUGAGCUUACAGUUCAUCUGAAAGUCUUUGAGCCCGUGGCCCAGCCCGUGGUGAAGGUAACCACUAACUGCUCUGUGCCAGCUGCCACUCUGACCUGCUCUGCUCCCAACGGUACAAACCCACUGUUUCACUGGGAGAAAGUCUUGGGCUUUGCUGGUAAUACAGUCGUCUACAAUGGGUCCACAUUACAUCUGAGCAACGUCAGGGGGCGGGACCGAGACAGCUACACGUGUGUGGCUCACAACCCGGUCAGCCAGACAGCCAGCAAACCAGUCACUACAGAUCUGUGCCCUGACAGCAGCUCAGCAGGUGGAAGCCAUCACUGGGUUAUUCUUGUUGUUCUGCUGCUGUUGUUGUUGUCCACGUAAUGAGAUGCAAAAGGUAUUGAGACGACACUAAGCACUCGGAUAAGGAGGAGGAUUGUGUCACCAACAUCUCCAGACUGUGUAUCUGUGGCUCAGACACAACCCACAAACAGAACUGGAGUGAGAUCUAAUGGAGAGGAGAGUGUAUAACAUUAUUGUGAAACUGAUAUUGGAGAUGAGAAGCUGUGGCAGCCUGGGCUGGGCUGGGGGAGCUGAAUGGCCUCUUGUGCCAUCAGGUUAUAACACAUCAUGUUUGUUGCACUAAUGUUCCUUUGCCUCUUCAUCGUGUGAAGAAUUGCUGCUCACUUGAAGAAAUUAUUUGAAAAAGAGAAGGGAGUUUUUCUCUCUUUCUCACCUGAUGUCCUGGCCAACAAUCCCCCAAAUAACAUUGUUAAUCCACUUGCCUCCUUCAAGGUCCGUCUCAAAAACUUCCUCUUUGGUCAUGUAGUUUGCUCUUGUCAUCCUCCCUUCCCUUUGCCCUCUGCCUCUCUUGACUCUCACCUCCAGCUCAGAUGCAAACUCUUCACUAUCCAUCGCCUUGGAUCAUCCUCCCGACGUGAAAGGCACUGGAUAAAUACGAUAUGUGCAUUUGUUGUAGUUCCUAAAUAUAUCCUUUGAUGCAAGUUCCGUGUCAGGCUGGUCAGAAAGGUAUAUUGUUUACCUCAAAACCAAUGUACCAGUGUAACAGCUGUAUAGCAAGGUGACCACAUUCUGUAAAUAAAUUGAACUUCCCACAAUUGCUGAUGCUGGCGGUUACUGGAGCAGUUUGCUGGAUUAAUAGCUGUGUUAAUCUGAGGAGUGUAUCUGGUUUAUUAUUAGAAUGUUAUAGUUCAUGCUCUGUUUGUUGCUGAACUUAAAACAAGACAAAUUGACGUGCAUUUGACGGCAAGACUGGCUUUCACGGUUUCAACAUGGAUUCACAAGUCAUUCAUAACAGGAAAUCAUUACUGCCAGCAGACAGAGGAUUAGCUGUUUAAUAAUUACGUGUGGUGCUGAGGAUUGCAUGAAAUACUCGUCUACUUUAUCGUCUUUGCCAAAUUGUGUUGGUUGAAGUUGUGGUUUCCAUUCACACAGUUUCCUCAUUUAACACAGUUCCCGCCUCAAACAGUGCAUCGCAUCAAGUGCCACAUUCGGGAUUUGUUGUGCAGUAACUGGAUUUAUCUUUUCAACCUUUGAUCCUGAAGGAACUUUCUUUGAAAGCAGACACUUCAGAUCUCUCAAACCAACUGUAUAACUUGGUGCCUAAUAUUUUGUGGGACUGUCCUCCUUCAGGGGAGAUAAACGAGGUCUCCGCGGAGCUGAACUGGUUCCAAGGUGACGUGCCUAGCAAUGGGAUGUCGGAAUCGAGCAGCCCUCUGUGACGGUCUCUAGUCCGGUUCCUAAGCGAGGAGGGUCUGUAGUAUUCCAGGCCACUGCUCAUGGCAGCCCAGCCCGGCCUGGUUCAUCAGCAGGACGGAAGAGCAGACCAGUCACUAGGGGCAGGAAAUCCUCCCUCUCAGCUCCUGUUAACCCUACAGCCAAAGGCCUAUCAGGUAGUAUGGUCCGAGCUGGACACGCAGCGGGAAAGUUUGCCAGACAGUGAUAUCAAUGGCAAGCUAUGUAGUUUUAACUGGUAAGACUCCAGCAGUUACCCCAACAUACACUCUGGGUUCCCCAAGCCUUGGCUCUUGCCAACCUGCGCCUGAUAGUAUCUGGAAUUAUGUAAGCGGGAUGUGUCCCUCCAGGGAGAGACUGUACAAUCCAUUCCAACAAUCUAUCUCUGGGAUUUCCAUGUGUCGGUGGGAUGGAUGCAAAUCUCAGCUUAAGCACUGUGUUGGGUGUCCGCAUGUGUCAGACCUUGGCUGACAAAUGUAUAUAUAUUUGUGUCCCCUGGUUAUGUAAUCCCCAACCAGUGAGAACAGCCUAUUUAUGGUCACCUUUUAGAAUUUUAAACAUAGGUAUUAGGGCCCCAUUAAAUGUCUCCUCUCAAGCAAAACAAGGCCUAACUUAUUCAGUCUAUCCUUGUAGCAGUAAGAAAUUUAUUAACUUGUAACAUGGUACAUUUGUUUGAUAAAACUAUUUUAAAACUCCUGA